ACCUACACGCCGUGCGUCACGUAGCUGCGCCCCUAUCUGAACCUUGUAUUUGUCAGCCUAGAUGUGAGGGCGCCGUCCGCCCUUCUUCGAUCGGAAACUCGCACUGACGUAAAGAAGCCAGAGCAGGCAGAUCCCCGGGUUAAUUAAAAGCUUUAAAACCGGAAUUUUACACAAAGUCCACACCUUUUUUCCGGUUUUGCUUCUUGUCUCCUGGAAACAUCCUCGUUUGGUGACUGGAGCACUAACAGAAAAACACAGGUAACGAGAAGAGGGACACACGAGAGGAAAAGAGGCAGUUUUUAACCUGGAGUUUGGCAUGGCUGAUCUGCUGAGGCUGCUGCUCAAGGUGGCUGAAAAGGCUGCUAACGUGGCUCGGGUCUGCAGGCAGGAGGCUCCCCUCUUCCAGCUCCUUGUGCAAGAAAAGACCGGAGAUGACAAGAACAAGAAGUUCGUCCAAGACUUCAAGACGCUCGCCGAUGUGGUGAUUCAGGAGAUGAUCCGGCAUGAUGUUGGCGCUCAGUUCCCUGACAUGGCUGACUUUAUUCAUGGCGAGGAGUCUAACAAGUUUGAAAACGGGCUUGGAGAGAGUGUGAUAGUCACGGUUUGCAGCACAGAAGAGGAGACGGCGGCGUUGCUGGCCACCGUGCUUGACGGUGACCACACAGCAGCUUCUCUGCUGGCUAAAGCCAUCCACCAAGACCCGGCGACCGUUGAGGCAAACACUGAUGGCCUGACUGUUUCCCUCAGCCCGUCUGAGCUCGGCAUCUGGAUCGAUCCCAUAGAUGCUACCAGUCAGUACAUACAGGGCCGAGAGGAGGAGCUGGAGGAGGGCCGCUUGUCUCCAUCAGGUCUGCACUGUGCAUUGGUUCUCAUCGGCGUUUACCUCCGGAGCACAGGCGAGCCCAUCAUGGGCGUCAUCAAUCAGCCGUUUCACCACAAAGAUCCAGCAGGCGGGGGGUGGAAGGGAAGGCAUUUCUGGGGCGUGUCCUGGGGCAGCAUCAACGUCUGCUCUGUGUCCCAGCCGAAAGAUGGAGAGGAUCGAGGGCUGUCUGUGGUGCUGAGUUCCAGUGAGAAGCAGGUGGUAAAAGAUGCACUAGCCUUGCUCUGCAGCUCUGACAAGCUGAUGUACGCCUCUGGAGCCGGCUACAAGAUCCUGUGUGUCAUUGAGGGCCUGGCUGAUGUUUACAUCCUCUCAGAGGGAAGCACCUUUAAGUGGGACUCCUGCGCUCCUCACGCCCUGCUCCGAGCACUCGGUGGGGGGGUGGUGGACUUGACUAAGCGUCUACAGAUGACCAGUGAAGGACAGGAUCACACAGCAGAACUGACCUAUCAUGAGCCUGACACUGAGUGCAAAGGAGCUGACCGCUGGGCUAACCGUGGCGGCCUGGUGGCUUAUCGAGACUGUUCUAAGCUCAACACCGUCAUCGCAGCUCUGAAGGGCAAGCUGUAGAUGACAGAAGAGCAGAUGUAGCCGGCACGCUCUGAAGCAUUUAUACAUAUGAUCAUGUUUUCGAUAUUAGGCAAGGAAAAUUAUGGGUGUAGAGGUGGAAAUAUUAUAUUCAUAAAUGAUACAGUCUUCUUCUUAACCAGCUGUUUAUGCAGUCGUGUGUGUGUGUAUAUAUCGCAAAGUGACAAUCGGAUCUGAGGCAAAUUAUAUUUGCAAAUGUUUAAAUUUAAGUCAAAGAUGGAGCUGAGACAGAUUCCAACUUUUCUAAAGGAAAAUAAAGUUUGGAUUAAAAGCUCCAAACAUUUAGUUUUCAGGCAUCUUUAUGAUGUCAUCGAAAGGUUUUUAAUCUGGUGCUUGAGAAUAAAGAAGCUCCACCUGCCUGCUGCUCAAACCUUCUAUUUGUGGGGACCAGCCAAUCAGGAUAAAGUUGGCUUAAAGAGAGAGGAGCUAAUUUGGCUUGUUUGACAGUGAAUGCAACAUAAACGAGGUUUAUUUCAGACUGUUAACUGUGAACUGGAAAUAAACACAGGGGUGAAAGAAGAAAGACGGACACGAUCCUUGCAGGACAAUCGGCACUUAGGUUAUGAAAAAGGAGAAAGCAAAACAAAUGUGAUGUUUAUGAAUCAAUCAGGCAAAUGGGGGAAAAAAAUAACAUGCUGGUGUUUCUCUUAAGGUAGUUGACAAUUUAUCAAAAGAUCCAUGUAGGUAGGUAUUUUAUGUCAAAAGCACAAAGGUAAUACCAUUAUCAGUUAAUGAAAUGCACUGAAUUUAUAUAUUCUAGAAUGGGCUGCCCGUUAUUAUCAUUUUUUUUCAUUUGUUUUUUGGAUGGGGCAUGAGGAGAAAAAUAAUCUUUAAAAGAAUAGCCCCCUCAGGUUCAUUGAGUGCAACAGACGGCAGAUGAUGAGCAACAAGUCAUCAGUUUUGAUGCGUCAGUCCGGGCUGUCUGCUUCCUCAUUGCUGAUGAAACAAACUAAAUAUUUGUAAAUGUGAUUUAGCUCAGACAUGCAUUGAUUAAGUGUUGCAUUUAGAGUGUUUAAUAUAGUUGCGAAGAGCUUGAGUGCUCACUGCUGGGCAGCUGAGGAACACUCCAGGAAAGGUAACGGGGGCAUCGCAGGGUCGCUUCUGAAUACAAGAUUUUUCUUUGCUUUAAUGAGGCAAGCGGGAUCUACUUUUUUUUCUUUCAUCGUUAUUUCAUAUCUAACGGGCUAUAAAUGACUGAAUCAGACUACAGUUGAAUGGCGUGCAGUUAUCUGCACCUCUCUGAAAUGAUUCCUUGUAAGGACCCUCUUUUUCGUAGCCAUAACAAGGGUAAAGGUCAGAGAGUGGGAAAGCCAUAUAAGGUAAAACCCACAGAGAUUCCUUCUCGGUGUGGGUUUACAGUAAAAUUAAAUAUUAAGCCAGUCUGAAAGAUGGAAUCUGUGCCGGCUUGCAGGCAGCAGAUUCUUAUCAAUAUGCCUGCCACACACAGCCGUGUAACCUCACUUUGUUUAUGUUUAAAAUGAUAUAACGGUGAUAUGCAUUGUAACUGAGGUGUAAUUAAAGUUUAAUAAGCAGGAAACAGAACAGACAUUGUGCAUAUAGGAAAUCCUCUUUAUUUUGGAAACCAGAGAAAGCGGCAGGGGGAGUGGGGGGGAAGAAACCCAAAAGUGAUAUUUUAAAACCAGCCAGGGAACUCGCCUCCUUAGUCCCUACAAAAAACCCUGAUGAUUGUCUGAUAUUUUUUGCAAUAAUUCUGCAUAUUCUGUUAAAAAACUUUAAGGAAAAAAAUAAUUUAAAAAGG